AUGGCUAGUGUCAAACUACUCGUCGAGGCAGGAGCUCGCGCUAACUCUACUGAUCAAAUUGGAGCAACGCCAAUAUCAUAUGCUCUUGCUAGCGGACACCAAGCUGUAGCCAGAUUAUUGACGAAGGGGGCGGGUAUGGACUCGGUGGAGAUUAUUCGCGACAAACUACUGGUGUCUGCUGUAGACAACGGCCACGCAGCUAUAGUUGAACGCUUGCUGGACAACAGCGCCUCCACGGAGGGAAUCAAUGAUUCUGGUCAGACUCCAUUGCCUCAAGCUUCUAAACGAGGAGAUGAAACUCUUGUGCGACUAUUGCUUGAUAAAGGCGCUGCCACCGAGGCGGCUGAUUUUAUUGGCCGAACACCGUUGGCAUAUGCCUGCACCAGAGGGCAGGAGGCUAUUGUGCAAAUUUUGCUUGAUAAAGAAGCUGCUGUCGAUACAACUGAUACAUUAUUAUAUGCCUCUAGAUACGGGUAUAAUGCUGUCGUGCGAGUAUUGCUUGAACCGAGGCAGUUGAUGAGCUUGGCCGAAAGCCGUUAUCAUAUGCUUCUGAACGAUGGCAUAAGGCUAUUGUGCGGAUGUUACUGGACAACAGCGCCCAGCCCCCGGCGGGGAGGGGACUAUGUAGAACCACGCACGGGGACGCAUAAGGACAAAGAGCCGUGGCAUCGACUUCGAAAGAGCCGUGGUCUUUUUCACCUAGAUUUUGUAGCCAAGCAAACGGAGGUGGUCUGGCGCUAG